AUGCUACAGGAACUACGAACCACGAUCACGGCGAACUUUCACCGCAUAGAUGGCGACAUAAGAAAGGAGAUUUCCAACAUAGGCGACAGAACUAGCCAUCUAGAGAACAGAACAGAAGAACUGUGUGCUGCACAUAAUGAGGUAGUAGACAAAGUGCAGAAACUGCAGGAAAAUGACUCCUUGAAGCUCAAAUUACCAGACAUGGAGGACAGGUCUAGGAGAAAGAAUGUCCGCUUCCAGGGUAUUCCUGAAGAUGUGUCCUACGACGCACUCCCAGCCUACAUCCUCUCCAUUUGCGAGGCCUUGGUUCCAGGCCUACCAGAGUCAGCAUGGGCAUUUGACCGCAUGCCCAGCUCGCUUCACAGGUGA